AUGGUGAGGGACGUCAAGGAGAUGCGAUUCUUCUUUCUGCUCAGGAAUUCACUCAGGGUGACGCCUCCUCUCUUAAGCCCCAUUCAGACGGGAUUAUUGUUUGGAGUGGUGCGGCUUUGGAAACCGCUCAAUUUUUUUUUUUUUCCCUCCACAGAUUAUUCCCAGACUGCGGCCCAAGGGUAUGGGGCUUAUGGAGCUCAACCCAGCCAGGGCUAUAGCCAGCCUGCCACACAACCUUACAGCCAGCAGAGUUACGGAAGUUAUGGACAGUCCACUGAUACCAAUGCUGCAGCCUACAGUCAAGGUGGAUAUGGGUCAUCUUAUGGUCAGACUCAGCCAGGAGGUUACGGUGCUCAACCUACAUCUCAAGGCUAUAGCCAAUCUAGCCAGGCAUAUGGUUCCACAGGUUAUGGUAGCAGCCAAGCUCCUCAGAGUGCUUAUGGACAACAGUCUUCUUACCCAGGAUAUGGACAGCAGCCACCCACUGCUACUUCAACUGCUAGCUAUGGUAGCAGUUCUCAAACCUCUACAUAUGGACAGCCUCCAAGCCAAGGUGGUUAUGGGCAGCAAGGAGGUUAUGGUGGCCAACAGCAGCCUCAGCAGGGAGCACCAUACAGCCAGCCUCCCAGUUACAACACACCACCUCCUCCCCAGAGCUAUAACCAACAAAGUCAGUACAGUCAAGGAGGAGCUGGAUAUGGCCAAGACCCACCCCAAAUGGGGGGCGGAGGAGGAGGUGGUGGUGGGUUCGGAGGUCAGGAUUCCAGUGGAUAUGGAGGUCAGGAUAACCGUGGACGUGGCAGAGGAGGUGGUGGUGGUGGAUUUGGUGGCAGAGGUUUUGAUCGUGGUGGCAGAGGUGGACCCCGUGGCAGAGGCGGCAUGGGAGGUGGUGACCGAGGUGGCUUCAAUAAAUUUGGUGGACCCAGAGAUCAGGGACCAGGGGGUCCUAAUACAAUGCCAGACCAGGACAAUUCUGACAACAACACAAUCUUUGUGCAAGGAUUGGGCGAUGACUACACUGUUGAGUCUGUAGCAGACUUCUUCAAACAAAUUGGAAUUAUCAAGAUAAACAAGAAGACUGGCCUGCCCAUGAUCAACCUUUACACAGACCGUGAAACGGGCAAGUUGAAAGGAGAAGCCACAGUGUCAUUUGAUGAUCCACCCUCUGCAAAGGCUGCCAUUGAUUGGUUUGAUGGAAAGGAGUUCAAUGGAAACCCUAUCAAAGUUUCAUUUGCAACACGACGGGCUGACUUUGGCCGAGGUGGUGGCAAUAUGCGAGGUGGUCGUGGAAGAGGUGGUAAGCAGAGGGAGUCCAAUGGGCGCGGUGGAUACGGUGGAGGCGGGCGUGGAGGUGGAUAUCCCAGCAGCAAUGGAGGUAGCCAGCAAAGGGCUGGUGAUUGGAAGUGUGCUAAUCCUGUGUGUGGUAACCUAAACUUCUCUUGGAGAAAUGAAUGUAACCAAUGCAAGGCUCCUAAACCAGAGGGUGCAGGAGGCCCCCCACCCAUGGGUGGAGGUGGUUAUGGUGGAGAUCGUGGUGGCCGUGGUGGUGGUUUUGACCGUGGUGGAUUCAGAGGCAGAAGUGGAGAUAGGGGAGGUUUCCGUGGUGGAAGAGGAGGAGACCGUGGAGGCUUUGGCCCAGGAAAGAUGGAUUCUAGGGGUGAACACAGGCAGGACCGCAGAGAGAGACCUUAUUAAAUAUUGUACAGAUGUGACGGGACCAUUUUGUGUUUGUGUUUAUUUUUUUUGUUUUUUUUUUUUUAAACUUGUUUUUAAGUUCUGUGUUUUAUGUAGGAAUAGGUUUGUACCAGCAAUUUUAUCCAAAUGUAUUUGAUUUUGUCCAUUAAAACACAUAGAAAACCCA